CCUAACAAUGGCUGCUUGUUCCACACCUUCAUCAUUCCCGACGCUAACCUACUCCGCAUCCGCAGUACAGACGCAAGACCUUACUCCUUCCAUUCUAUCCUUCAAAUCCAACACACUCACCUUUUCUCUUUGCCCACUUGUUCUGAACACUUCCAGACACAGAAAGUCCCUCCUCGAUUGGUGUAUUCCAUGUCCCCAAAGAGAUUCCAACCAUGUUAUGGCUGCCAUGGCUGAUACUGCCACUGCUUCCCCUCCUAAACUCAAGAAAGGAAUAGCUGUUUUUCCUCUUAAGAUGGAUAGAAUUAGGUCUAAGAGAUUCUUGGAAAUUCAAAAGUUAAGGAAAACUGAGAAAGAGUAUGAUGUAAAGACAGCCAUAUCUUUGUUAAAGGAAAUGGCAGCUUCAAAAUUUGUGGAGACAGCUGAAGUUCAUUUCCGCAUUAACAUUGAUCCUUCAGAUUCUACCAUAGCUUUAGGUCAAGAAAAUUCCAAAAGUCAACUUCUUUAA